UGUUUAGGUGUUUCCAUGAUGGCGGCGCCCAGCUCAGUCAGCGAGCGAUGGCUCCGGGAUGGCUUAGUUGCAGUCUUCUUCUUUUUGCACCUCUUUUAUUCCAUCGCCGGGACAAAGGAAGGCGCUAGCACGGCCGAAUUCGACGUGAGGCCUGGAGGAAUGGUCCACUCUUUUUCCAGAAGUUUGGGAGAUUAUACAUGUACUUUUACCUAUGCAGCUCAGGGCGGGACAAACGAGCAAUGGCAGAUGAGCGUUGGAGUCAGCGAAGACAAUUUACUGUUCUCCUGUUCAGUCUGGAGGCCCCAGGGAAAAUCCUAUCUCUUCUUUACCCAGUUUAAGGCAGAGGUGAAAGGGGCAAAGAUUGAAUAUGGCAUGGCUUACUCCGCGGCUGCAGCUGGUGGACAGAGUGACGUCCCUUUGAAGGAGGAGGAAUUCCAUGUGACAGAAAUGGCUGUAUCUCACAAGGAAGGCAAAUUCCGCUCGGAACUUUCCAAGCUGGUGAUCGUAGCAAAAACGGCCCACGACGAGCUGUGACACUUGAACGGGAAGGGGUUGUGCCUUGCUGGAAACAAUAUGGAUGCAUUGGCUGCUAUUUUUGGCUGAUGAGGAUUUUCCGGUCAGGGUUGGAACUUUUUCAUAUGCUGGGACUUGGAGGCAUUCCCAAACUUUCCAAACUGCUGAGAAUUUUGGGGGUGCCAUUUGUUACAUCCUGCUUUGGUGGUACAACGAAUACAAAAAUCAGCGGUUGAGAUGGGGAAAUGCCUUCUGCACUUACCUACAUUGUUAGUCCCUGGCUGCAAUGGCAGAAUAUCACAGAAUUAUUCUUUACCCUUUUGGCUCCUCCAGAACAUUUUCAAACCAAAACGUGUUUCUUCCCCCCCCCCCCUCCUCCCUCCCACACCCGCUGCAUAAUUUGGCUCAAUAGCCAGAGAGGGGCUUCAAAAUUCUUUUUUUUGGAAUAAAUCAAAGUAUGUCUCUUAAA